AUGACAUCUGACCGUAGUCGUGAUGGUGCUAACAGUGUAGAUGGCAAUAGCGGUGGUACUAAAGGAGUUAAAUCAGCGUCAGGGCCUGAUUUUUCUUCUUCUUCCUCUUCUUCAUCAUCAUCUGAAACAACAUCUACUAAAGUAACGGAUGUAAGAGGAAAGACUGCGGCGGCGGUAGUGGGAGUAGAUAAACCAAUCACAACAGCGGGAUCCUCCGCGGCGGCCCGUCGACUUGCACUCUUCGGUAGUCGUGCACUCGCUGCUGGUAGCAAAGGACGUUGUUCCUCCCUUCCUCCUCCUUCUUCUUCUUCUUCUUCUAUUCAUGGAGAGACGACGGCAGAGUUGGGUGCAGCUGGCAACAGCAACGCUUUAGCCUCAUCCUCUCACUCCCCCACUUCUUCUUCUUCUUCUGUUGGUUCUUUUGCAGGGGAAGAGGGUUCUGGUGGUCUCACAUCAUUUGGAGCUCCUCGCGGUGAUGUUGCAUCUUAUAUUCGUCAUGAGGAUGCUAUUUCCUCUCCUGGUAAGUAUCUUGUGAUUGGUGAUGGUAUGAUGGCUCCUUUCAUGGCGUUGUGUCUACGUGUUCAUGGUCUCGAUUGUGAUCUUGCCUAUCAUCAAAGUGACGAUGAUUUAGACCGCGGCACUAUUGUCCUCACCCCAUCCCUCACUCAAAUAUUAGGCGAUGUAUUAAAUGUCUCCGUUCCCAGCGGAAGUGUUGUGGGACGUCUUCUCACCUUUGAUCACGUCGGCAAUGAUAUGUGUGAUCUCGACCUUAACGAGUUCCGUGCGAAGGGUGAGAGUCCCACUUUCUUCUGCUGUGAUCGACCCAAGUUGGAGCGGGCCCUCUUGUCUCUCUGCAGUGUUGGCCCGCACGCCUGCCCGCGUCUGCCGCCCCCCCGAUUGGACCGCGGCGGCCUCGAGCCACUCGACCGCGGGGGGGUGCGGGUCCACUUCGCCGGGGGGGCCGGCCGCCGGGAUUAUCUCGGCGUGAUCACCACCGCACGAAAACCCGCUCUCGUGCCGGAGUUAACCCUCACAGAUGAGGAAUUACGUCGACGGGCGGCAAAUGAUGAGACCUACACAGAGGCUCGAAUGAAGGCCGUGCGAUGGGCAGAGGUUUGCGUUCCACCACUUCCAGAAUUGGGGAAACUGGAAAAACGAUUUACACCGGGUUCACAGGAAAUUGUGGAACUCCUUACCCCAAGAGGAGCAAAGAUGACGGUGCGACCAACCAUGAUGGCAACCAAACUCUUCUACAAUGUAACGAUUACUAUUCCAGAUGCCACUCCAGACCCACGACUCAAGACUAGCAGUACAAAACAAUUCUGGGAUGAUGUGAUUGAACAUUGGACGGCAGGAGUUCCAGGGUAUAUUCCACACACCAUGUUUCGUCCCAUGAUGACGCACAUGCAACAACACUUUACAAAGAGUAGUGCACUUGUUUAUCGUACACCAUUGUUUGUAAUGCCGCAUUGGUCUGAAGGAGGUGGACGUGUCAUUAAAAUUGCUCACGCCGCACAUGGAGCCGCUUUUGAUGCGAUUGAUGUUGGGGAUGCGCAGGGAUUUACAGAUUGUUUUGGUCUCGCACGUACUCUCGCCUCAGGCGGUGGGGAAUUAGAUGUGCAAAAUUACCUCCGUGAACGACGUCUGCAGGUGAUGGAAGAAUUAGAUCAUCACACACAACUAUUACACUACGGUGUAAAGGAACGAGGUCAACUGGCAUAUAUGUCUUCACGUUUCGCUAUGAAGAUAAUGCGACGCUACAAAAAGAGUUGGCGUAGUAUUUUACAAAAUCACGUCACACUGAUGCCAAAAAUCGUGAAGUAA